AUGAAGUUCCAUAAGGAGUACCUUGAUUUGAUUUUGGUCCCUUCAGGAUUGCUAAUCAUGUUUGCUUAUCACCUCUUCCUGCUUUACAAAUAUAUCAAUCGGCCUCACACCACAGUGAUGGGAUUUGAGAAUAAUGACAAAAGAAUUUGGGUUGAAAGAAUUAUGCAGGCUGACAAAAGGGAUGUUAGCACAGCUCUGUCUGUGCUUCAAUCCAACACUACAGCUGCUACAUUCUUGGCCUCUGUCUCUCUGACUCUCAGUUCCCUUAUUGGAGCUUGGAUUGCCAACAGUUCCAACAUUUUCUUCCAAAGCCAAUUGAUCUAUGGUGACACUAGACCAGCAGCCAUUAGUAUCAAGUACAUUUGCCUGUUAACAUGCUUCCUUCUAGCUUUCGCAUGCUUUGUGCAAUCAGCUAGACACCUUGUUCAUGCAAACUAUUUGAUAAGCACUCCAGAUAGUUUUGUCCCUGUGAGUAGUGUGGAAAUAGCAGUCAUUAGGGGUGGUGAUUUCUGGUCACUUGGUCUAAGAGCCCUCUAUUUUGCUCUUGAUUUGUUGCUUUGGUUCUUUGGGCCAAUACCUAUGUUUAUUUGCUCGCUGGCUAUGGUGCUUGUCCUCCAAUAUCUUGACUCUAAUUCAAGGCCAUUGCAUCCUAAUGUCUCUCAUGGAAGUAAGAGAGGCUUUAACAUGUCAUGA